UUUAUAUCAUAUGAUCCUAUCCUAUCACAAGGAAACACAACACAACACAACCUUUUCUUCUUAAAAACCAAUCAAUUCAUUCAUUAUCUUCCAACACAACACAAACACAGAACAAAACAUCAUCAAACCUUGCCGUUGAUGGAAAAUUGUCUUACAAUCAAACCUCACAUAGGAUUCUUCACAAGACCUAUUUCUUUUUCUUCUUCUUUGAGUUUUAGGAGCAGAGUACCCUUGAUAAAGGCUAGUGCUGGAGCUAGUAGUCACUGUGAGUCUAGUAGUUUGAACACACCUUUGUUACCACGUACACAAGUUGGAAAGUUUCUUAGUGGUGUGUUGCAGAAUCAUCGUAACCUCUUUCAUGUUGCUGUUCAAGAAGAGCUUAAACUAUUGGCUGAUGAUCGAGAUGCUGCAAAUUCUCGUAUGCUUCUUGCUUCUGAAUCAGAUGAAGCCUUGCUUCACAGGAGGAUAGCAGAAAUGAAAGAAAAUCAAUGUGAAGUUGCUGUAGAAGACAUCAUGUCCUUGCUGAUAUUUCACAAGUUUUCCGAAAUUCGGGCCCCUCUAGUUCCAAAGCUUUCAAGGUGUCUUUACAAUGGAAGGCUAGAAAUAUUGCCUUCUAAGGACUGGGAACUAGAGUCUAUUCACACCUUAGAAGUUUUGGAUAUGAUAAGGGAACAUGUAACUACCGUAACCGGCUUGAAAGCAAAACCAAGUGUAACCGAAAGUUGGGCAACUACCAAAGUUAGACAGUUCUUACUCGGGCGCAUAUAUGUCGCUUCAAUAUUAUACGGCUACUUUCUGAAAUCAGUUUCCUUAAGGUACCAUCUAGAAAGAAAUCUAAAUUUGGCUAACCAUGAUGUUCAUCCUGGUCAUAGGACUAACCUCUCAUUUAAGGAUAUGUGUCCUUAUGGGUUCGAGGAUGACAUCUUUGGUCAUUUGAGUAACAUGAAACCGAUCGGACAAGGGCUAAUAAGACAGGAAGAAGAAAUUGAAGACUUGAAGUGUUAUGUUAUGAGGUUUCACCCUGGAUCAUUGCAGAGGUGUGCUAAAUUGAGAUCUAAAGAGGCUGUGAAUUUGGUUAGGAGUUAUAGUUCUGCUCUUUUUAAUAGUGAAGGGUUUGAUUCAGUUGACAGUGAUGAUGUUAUUUUGACUUCAUUUUCUAGUCUUAAGAGACUAGUCUUGGAAGCUGUUGCUUUUGGAUCUUUUCUGUGGGAAACAGAAGAUUACAUUGACAAUGUUUAUAAGCUUAAGGAUCAUUAAGGUAGUUUAAAGACCUAGGAUAAGUUGCAAUAUUUGUUGAGCUGAUUCCUCUUGUAUAUAUAGUGAGCUUUUGUUUUUAGCUUUUGAGUGUUAAUUGGGUUAUGUUCAUUUGUACAGUACACAUUUACCUUAUAUAAUUUAUAUAGUUUUAAUGCU